CGGCGGCCGUGGGGAAGGAGGGGGAGGCGGAGAGGAAACAAAAACAAUCGCCCGGGCGCCGCCAUCUUGGGCCGGUUCUCCACACGCCACACGGGUGAAUGGGUAGAUAUGAGAUUACCACGGGGGAGCAGCGGCAGCAGGGCACCGAGGGCUGUUCCGCGCUGCCAGCGACACUCGGCGGGCUCUAGGCACGGCCGCCGCCGCCCGGAGAGAAUCCCCCGGCUCGGCCUUUUCGUCUCGCCAGCCCCUAAGCUGCACUGCUGGAGGGACAAAGUUGGGCUGAGCCGCGCUGCCUCUGCCGCCCGGGAGACCGGAGAGUUGAGCCGGGGUCAGAGUUAGGGGAGAGGGUGACGAGGGGAUCGGUCCCCGCUCCGCCGUGUGGGAGGCGCGGGGAGAAGGCUCUGCCUCCCCGCCCCUGCCGUCUCCUGCUGCUCGCUCCUAGGAGGAAAAGAAAAAAGAGGAAAAAAAAGGCAAGAACUGGAUUGAGCUCGGAGGGGUGGAUUUUGUGGAGUCUCCGUGUGAGCAGCGGCGGGGCGGCGAGGAGGAGAUGUGUCCGUGAGGAGGGAGAGGAGCGUGGAUUCAUCCAGGACCCGUGAGGAGCGAGAGGAGCCUGGAUCCAUCCAGCCUCAGCCCACCGUGAGGCACAGCCGCCUCCCUUCCAAAGAAGCCCAGUUCUCCUGGAAGCACGGCACUCAGCAAGGAUUUGCCACAAAGAAUAUACCACCCUCCUCCCCAGCGCCUGGAUACUGCAUUUUAUUUUUUAAUUUUUUUUUUUUUAUACCCCCUCCCCAGCCACUCUUGUGUGUUCAAAUACCAAAUAUAGCCUCUUGCGGGGGGAGGGGAUGGAAAUCUCCUAGAAGAAUUGGAAAUCUUGCUGGGAUUCGGGAGUGCUGGUGCUGGAGAAGGGCGGCGAAGACGGGGGGGAUGCACUGCUCUCGCUGCCUGGCCAAGGACUAGAGAUUUGCCACUUCCCGGGAAGCCCGAAGGUUUGUUUGUUCCCAGACUGUUGUUUCCCCCCUUUCCCUCUCCAGGGCUACGCUAAAUCCCUCAGCAUUUAUGAAAGAAAUCCCACGUGUAGCUGGUGGCUGGUUUUUAAGGUAGUUUUUCAUCGACAAACUGACAAAAACUUCUCUUCGCUCUGAGGUUUGGAACUGGAAUGGAGCUGCUUUUCUCCCAAACACUACACGGGGUGUGAAAGGGGGAGGCAGGACGAAAACAUCGCCUUGGACUGAUCCCGAUCCGACCCCCCGACACUCGCACCCACGAGGGAUGAUCCUUCACGACGCCUGAUGUGGAAAACACUUGGAGACUCAGAGACUUCGUCGUGCCCAGCAGCUUAAUCGUUGACUCAUUUUGUUUUGGUUUUUAUUUUAUUUUUUUUUAAAGUGGAUUCGUAGCAUUACUUUUAUGAAUUGAAUUUUGCCACCGUUUGUACAGAAGCCAAAUGACACGUGUGUUUUGAAACACGGUUCCAAAUAUAUUUAUCCCUCCCUCAACCCGGAUUCUCUCUAGAAAGAGCCGCGGGGAGGUCGUCAGUGUCUCAACAAACCUGAUUUUUAGUGUUUUAUGAACACUACCUGCUGCAGAAAUGUUGCUAUAAAUUGCUUUAUAACGGUUCAGCAAGAAGGGAGAAUUUUCCAGCUUGCAGGACCCAGAAAACUGGAUACUUAAAGUCACUUAAAUGUUUUAACAGCAUUGGAAAAUGGGAGCUGCUACUAAGUUGGCGUUCGCUGUUUUUCUUAUCUCUUGCUCAUCAGGUGCCAUCCUGGGCAGAUCAGAAACACAGGAGUGCAUCUACUACAACGCUAACUGGGAAAAGGAUAAAACCAAUCGCAGUGGGAUCGAGCCCUGCUAUGGUGAUAAAGAUAAAAGGCGACACUGCUUUGCUACAUGGAAGAAUAUUUCUGGAUCAAUUGAAAUUGUGAAGCAAGGCUGCUGGCUGGAUGACAUCAAUUGUUAUGACAGGAAUGAUUGCAUAGAGAAGAAGGACAGCCCUGAGGUGUUUUUCUGUUGCUGUGAGGGCAACAUGUGCAACGAGCGCUUCUUCUACUUCCCGGAGAUGGAGGUCACACAGCCAACUUCCAAUCCUGUUACACCGAAGCCACCUCUGUUCAACACCUUGCUCUAUUCCUUGGUGCCUAUCAUGGGAAUUGCAGUGAUCGUGCUCUUCUCCUUCUGGAUGUACAGACAUCACAAGCUGGCCUAUCCUCCCGUGCUUGUUCCCACCCAGCACGCCUUUCAUAUAAUGAUUGAGGACCCUGGGCCUCCCCCACCGUCUCCCUUGAUGGGUCUGAAGCCGCUGCAGCUCCUGGAGAUCAAAGCCAGGGGGAGAUUUGGGUGUGUGUGGAAAGCUCAGCUGCUCAAUGAAUAUGUUGCAGUCAAAAUAUUCCCCAUCCAGGACAAGCAGUCGUGGCAGAACGAGUACGAGAUCUACAGCCUGCCUGGGAUGAAGCACGACAACAUCCUGCAGUUCAUCGGCGCCGAGAAACGCGGCUCCAGCAUCGACGUCGACCUGUGGCUCAUCACUGCCUUCCACGAGAAGGGGUCCCUGACAGAUUUCCUGAAGGCCAACGUGGUGUCGUGGAACGAGCUGUGCCACAUCGCCCAGACCAUGGCCCGGGGCCUGGCCUACCUGCACGAGGACAUCCCGGGGCUCAAGGACGGCCACAAGCCGGCCAUCUCCCACAGGGACAUCAAAAGCAAGAAUGUGCUGCUGAAAAACAACCUCACAGCUUGUAUUGCUGAUUUCGGUCUAGCUUUAAAGUUUGAGGCUGGAAAGUCUGCAGGAGACACCCACGGCCAGGUGGGCACCCGGCGUUACAUGGCUCCAGAGGUGCUGGAGGGAGCCAUCAACUUCCAGAGGGACGCGUUCCUGAGGAUAGACAUGUACGCCAUGGGAUUGGUGCUCUGGGAAUUGGCCUCGCGCUGCACGGCCGCCGACGGCCCCGUGGAUGAGUACAUGCUGCCUUUCGAGGAGGAGAUUGGCCAGCACCCCUCCCUGGAGGACAUGCAGGAAGUUGUGGUGCACAAAAAGAAGAGGCCUGUCCUAAGGGAGUGUUGGCAGAAACAUUCUGGAAUGGCCAUGCUGUGUGAGACCAUCGAGGAGUGCUGGGAUCACGACGCCGAGGCCCGGCUGUCCGCGGGCUGCGUGGAGGAGAGGAUCAUCCAGAUGCAAAAACUCACUAACAUUAUAACAACAGAGGACAUCGUGACUGUGGUCACAAUGGUGACAAACGUUGACUUUCCUCCCAAAGAAUCCAGUCUAUGAUAGUUGCACUGGUCAUGGAAGUGACCACAGGACUCUUCACUGGAGCUGCUACAGCGCACGGACUGCUGGCGUCACCGCUGUUCCGGGUGGCAAGGACGGAUGGUAAGUCUCUCUGGAACAUCACCAAGAGGUGUUAAUCCUUUGUUUUUCCCCUCCUCCUCCUCUCCAACGUGGAUCCAUGAGACUUUCUGCAUUCCCUGCUUACACCUGAAGGACGUGACUGAGAACCCCUCACGUGCUGAUAAGGAACUUACAAUGAAGAAUCCGGACCCGCACGGGCUAAACGAGCGUUUUAAACACUGACAUCCGAUUUCUUAAUCCCUGUCAGAAGAGACUAAUUCCUUUAAAUGAACUGCUGUUAUUUUUUUUAAAUCAAAAACAUUUCAUUUCAGAUUUAAAAACAACACAAAAAAAAAAACCAACAAAAAAAAGGGUAACUUGUUUUUAUUGCAUUCGUUGUUGUUUAUAAAAUGACUAUUGUAAUGCGACUACGACACAGCUUGUGAAUGUUCCGUGUGCUGCUGUUCCGUGUACAGAAACAAGAGUAAUCAAUGGGAUAGAGCAAAGAGGCUUCCAAGUAUUACUUAACCUCCCUCAACCAGGUAUACCUCAGUUCCACCUCGCUAAAUUAUGAUUGACAACACUAAUUGGAAUAAUAAACCGCUCCGUGUUUUGUAAAUGAUGUAUUCCCAAUUCCCUGUGUUAUUUAAGAAGGGGAAAGCUUCAUGCCCCAGGAAGUGGCCAUUCCUAGAGCCGUGUUUUUAGCCUUUUCUUGUACUCGCUUGUUGUGUAUAAAAAAGAAAAAGUGCUGUUUAUUGAAAGAAAAUUUUCCUCCCUCUUUUAGUUGAAAGCUUUUCCCUCUGUUUCCCAGAGUAUCUCAUCCAUUUAUUUAACUGAAUACUAUUUAGGUUUGCUGUGUCUGAGGAAUAUUUGAAACCUUAAGCAUGACUUUUUUUUUUUGUUUGUUUUUUUAAUUUUCUCUGAGCUGUGACACUGGAAAGCUCUGAAUUCUUGUUGUUUUUUUGAAAAAAAAAAGAGUCUUUUUCCUAUUUAUGUUUGUGCCGAGGUCGCCGCGUGUUCCCUGUCCCGCCAGGCAGUGGGGGCUGUGUCACUGUUUCAGGAUCACCUCAGGAAGCUCAGUUCCCCCAAAUCCUCACCCUCUGCUUGGAGAUUUGCAGUUUCCCUCCUCUCACAGCUCGGUGCCAUCGGAGGGGAGCGCCGCUCGCUGCCCGUGAGCCACGGCUUGAGCCUGGAGUCACACACAAAGUUCUAGCCACAGAUUCCAGAUCCUAAACGUUACAAAUUUCAGGGAUAACCUAGUUCUGCUCACAAUAUGCAACGACCAUUCCGAGGUAACGAAAGGAAUUGCGAUGGCCAGAGCGCAGACUCACAAAAAAACGAGGGGAAAACGUGGAAAUGGCUUCACAACUCCAGCGCUGGAGUUCAGGAUGUCAAGCCUUAUGCUGGAAUUACAGUGACUGGUAGCUGGGUGCCAAAGUGCUUCUCCCAAAUCCUGUCCCACUGCAUUGAUUGGAUCCUUCACGCCAAAUUCCAAGGAAAAUAAAGGUUGUGACCCCCUGGAGCGCA